CUACGUUGCUUUAAUUCGUAAACCUUUGAAUCUUGGCUUGAGCUUACCUGCACUCUCCAAACUUUUUUUUUUAACCUUUACCCUUAACAUCCAUUAUCUUUACCUCGAAAUGCCCGCAAUCGUUGGCCUUAAGAAGAGCUUUGCUUCUAUCCCGUGGUGUUCAGAACUUCUCAACAACCCCGACGUUGAAGCGUGCAUUCCUCCUUGCCGAGCUAGCAGGAAGGAUAUUACAUAUGAGCUCUGGGAAGGCACUUUAAACACUUCAAAUACCAUCCCAGAGUUCCUUGCUCUUUAUACAAAGACAGAGGAGCACAAUUCUCGCAUCCACAAUAUCAAGCUCCUCGCUAAUUUAAACAAUGGAUUAGACGGGUUUCCUGGCGUUUGCCAUGGAGGAAUGGUCGCCACGUUACUGGAUGAGUCCAUGGUGUCACUCAUUCUAAUAAAUGUCGGUCGCGGGGCACUUGUUUGCCCUUGGUACGGUACUGUCUCGCUUAAUAUAUUGUUUCAGAAGCCUGUCAAGACGCCGGCCACAGUGGUAGUCGCAGUAAAACUGGACAAGGUGGAGGGACGCAAGCUGUGUAUCACCGCUUGUCUGCAGGACGGGUCGGGGAAAGCACUUGCGAAAGCGAGUGCUGUAUUUGUUGGUUUGGAUGGAAAACUAUAAAAGUCUUAAGUUCUAAUAUAUAAGCAUCAAGAGUAAUACAUUUCAAACCACAAUCUCGUAGCUUCUAUACAGUCUUAAGCAUAGAAAGCAUACAAUUAUGGC